UUUCAGAAGUUCAAGAGUGUAUAUUCUAGGCCUGAUAGAGCUUAAGGGACCCCAAGGCACUUCUGGGUGCCACAACACCCUGUUUGAGAAUCACUGAUUCGGCACAUCAAGCAAAACAGGAACCUGUUGCAUCCUUUGUUUUGUAAAGGACUGGAAAAAUUCCAAGAAGAUGUCAGAAAGCCAUUCCCUGCUGACUACUCUUAAAAGAAGCUGGAUGACCUCUCCCAGCAACAAUAUCAAAUAUUCCUGUUUUAAAGACUCCUACUCCACUUCCAUCUUUCAAGACAGUGGAUACAAUGAAUCAUUAAAAGACCCUUGCUUAGAUCAUCCUGAUGCAGAACAUAAAGAAGCGUUUUCGUUGCUACAUGAAUGUUCUGAGUAUUCACACCCUAGUUUAGUGAUUCCUGUAUUGUCUUCCACUGAAAUUGAAAAGAACUCUACAUUCUUAUCAGAAAGAAGAAAAGCAAAUCUUAGUGUAGAUUUUUUUGAAACUCCUAAAGCAAGUAAAAAAGACCCAUCACUGCGCAGGAGACUGCUUCUGUCUAAAACUGCUUCAGAUAAUACUUUAGGGUGCUUUGAAAGACGAGCCAAUUCUUCAUGGAAUAGCAGGAAAAAAACUUUAUCUCAUAGUCUCUCUUUUGAAGAUGGGCUUGCAAAAAGUGUUUCAGAUUCUCCAAGAGAUAAAAAUUAUAAACCUCUAGCUACUAGCACCUUAAAAACUGAGGAGUCUAGCCCUAGUUGUCAAAAAUGGAGACUUGCUUUUUCACAGCAAAGGACUUCUACUGUAGAUGAUUCCAAAUGUAAAAACAGCUUGCUGCCAGAACCUGAAUGUCUAUCGCCAAUUCAAUGUAAUGCUUCUAAAGAGACUACUGUUGGAAAGACUCCUAAUGAAUUAAUUGAUAGUGCCCUCACAAGCAGUAGUAAUGAAAGUACUUCUAUGCAGUUGCUUAAAACACCUACUUGUAUGUUGUCUUGGGUAAAUGAGAAUAAAUUUUUGACCCCAGUCAGCAACCUCCUAGCCAAUUUUAAGCUUAAUUUAUCUGAUACACCUACUCCCCCUGUUAAAGUGGUAAGUGACCUGGACCUUUCAACACCUGAAGAUAGUGGGUACAAUUCACUUAGCUUGGAUAAAACGGAAGAUUCCUUGUCUCACCAAGAGGGAUCUUUCCAAGAACUCUUUCAAAAUCAUAAAGAAACUCCCAAAAUUCUUGAUAUUAACAGAAAGCUAAGAAAACUAGACCAAUUCAGAAGACUAUCCACCCUUCAGGAAAGGGGCUCACACUCUGAGACAGAGGAAGACAAUGAUAUCACUCUAAAUAAUUCAGAAUAUGAAUUAAAAAUAAGAGAAACUGUCAACAAAGAAAGUGGCUUGGUUUUUGAUGAAGAGAACAGUGGAAAUUUGUUUGUAAAACUUGGGGAUUUAUCAAGAACCCCAGCUUUACAAGUAGUCCAGGAAAUCUGCAUUCAAAGACAAAAGAGAAGUUCACAGCAAAAUGAAUGUUUGGAAAAUGCUUAUGGGGCUGAAAUGUCUGUAUUGGACUAUAUUCUUGCUGGACUUAUAGGCAAGAAAAUGGGCCUUGAAAAAUUAGAUAUUUUAACAGAAUUAAAAUACAGAGAUUUGAAGCAUGUUCUUGCAAUAGUUUUAGAGGCUUUGACUGUGGAAAACCUGUGCAGCAUUUGGAAAGUAAGCAAAAACUGGCGUGAAAUUGUUGUUCAAGAUAAAAAUGCAUAUCAGAGGAGAAAAUUGUACAUAAAACAACAGAAGGCAGAAGCUGGGGGAUGCCUCUUGAAUGUUGAAGAUGCUGCCACAAGAUUUAAUAUUCUAAGCAGAUCUGCUCUAAGACCUGUACAAGCUCAAGCCAAAACUGCUUUAUUUCAAACCCCACCUUGUUGCAUCGAGCCUGUGAUAGCUACAAGAUGCAGUUCUGUUUCAUCAUCAACUAGUAAACAGGAAGAAUAUUUUAAGGUUGCCAGAAGUCUUUUUACCGAUGAAGCUUUAAAACCCUGUCCAAGAUGUCAGCACCCUGCUAAAUAUCAGCCUUUAAAGAAACGGGGACUAUGUAGCCGAGAGACCUGUGCAUUUGACUUUUGUAUAGUAUGUUUAUGUGCCUUUCAUGGAUCAAAAGAAUGCUGUAAAACAUCUGCAAAGUGGCAAAAUAAAAAAGAUGCUCUGCCAGGAAGUGCCCAAAGCAAGAGAAAUUUAAAACGACUCUAAAUUUUCCUUUCCUCAUCAAUUCCUAAUCUUGUAUAUAUUUUUAUUAAUUGCACAUAGUUUGGAAGUAUUAUUCAAUGUCAUUUUGCCCAUUAAUCAAG